ACUCGAGACCUUCAACGAGGCCUCGAAAGCAUGCUCAGAGUGUUGGAGCGUCGCAGGCACUUGGAGAGGCAUGGAGGAUUGUCGGCAUGGCGUCAAAGAAGUCGCUGGUAAGCUCAAAAAGCUCUUGGACGAGCCAAACAGGAGGACGUACAAGGGUCAUAAAGUGUAUACACCCAACAGUGCAUGACGACAUUACUGCAGCCCCUGUAAAUACUCUGUACAUUUAGCGACAUUAUCGCACAGCCACAGUCAUUUCCCUCUACUCCAUGUCCUCCUCGUCACGGCCUGCCCGUCCAACCCGCCCGGUGCCAGCAACGCCAGAAACCAAGAAAGACGUCGUUCAGGAAGACGGACCCACCACCCUUACGCCCAUCCGGGCCCACUACCUCAAGAAAUCCCUCAUCCAACUCCAGCUACGCAAGGAACUCGAUGACAUCACCAAUGCACCAGCCGACAACGCGUCCACCCUCGCCUACCUCGGUCCACCCUUUUCGCCGCCGCAAAAGUCUGUUCAGAAACUCGAUCUUCCGUUCCUCAGAUACAUAUUCAGACAUUUCGUGCUCACAUUCCCGUUCAUGGCCGCGGCACCCAAGGAUUUUUACUCUGAUAAACUACAGCCAUUCGUAGCUAGCGUUUUUGCUAGAAAUCUUUCUCCAACUAUUCUCAUCGAAGACGCAGACGAUGACGAGACCAUCGAGGCCACCCGCCUCAAGAUCCUAGCGAAGGUCGAGCGCAACCUUGCCAUGUUGUUCAGCUCAGGCACCAAACUCGUAGAGCCGGAGCAAGUCGUCAGACUAUCACAGUCGGACCUGGACAGAAUAGAAAGCCUCAUGAAGAACAGACGAAAGAAACGAAGGGAUGUCUUCGACGUCAACAUUGUCUGCAUUCGCACCGUCACCGACAAGGGCCGGGUUAGGAAUCGUGUGCACGAAGAAUUCAUCAUCCGCACUCGUCUGUCCAAAGACAGAGAGGUCUGCGUCUCCCGCCGAUACGGUGACUUCAAGACGCUUGCAGAUGAGUUGUGCAAAGCUCACCAAGACGAACUCGUCCCGCCUCCUCCGGCUAAAGACCGUACUGCCGUCGACGUAUCCUCCCCGACGCUGGCCCAGUCACCCUCUCAGAGUACAUUCAACCUCUCUCAAGACUCUUUCUCGCAGCCGUCUCAUAUACCUGGCGCUCACUACAGUAACUCAAGGCAAUACGGCCCGUUUCAAUCGCAACCUCCUGAGCGUCUUUCACGCGAGAAGAAUCGCCUUACCCUCCGUGGCUAUCUCCACACUCUGCUCGCCAACCCUACCUUUGCCUCCUCGCCCGUCCUCCGCUCGUUCCUUCUCAGCGGUCCCACCAGACUCACGCCGGCAGAACAGGAGGACGCGCGACGCCGCGAAGACGCCGACCAUGUCAGAGACGAAGGCCGCAGACGUUUCGCACACGAGAUAAGUGUCCGCAUCGAUGGUUUGCGUGAAUCUGUCCGCAGCGUCAAGGGAGAGAUCAUCGGAAAGGAUGGCCUCAUGCAGGUCUUUGCCAUCAUCAAGGUUACCCCAAGUAUCGAGCAGUUGCCCAAAAACUAUCAGGCUGUAAUUGAGUGGGCUAGGAUAUCCCUUGCUUCAACGUUAUUUCAGACAUACGUGGCAUCCGACAACUCUUCCGAGACGUUUGCGAGUCUCAAGCGCACACAUGGUCUCAUGCCCUACUUCGUCCUCAAGGCAGCCUUAAAGAUCAGCAACCCUGUCGGGAUGAUACGGACUGUCUUGGAUAUUUUCCUCGCCCAACCUUUUGGCGGUCGAAGUCUGCUGCAACGGCUAUUUACUUCCUCCCUUUCCGAAGAAGUCAAAUCCCUCUCGACCUACAUCCAACACGUGUCUGAGAAGGUUGGCGACCCCGUAUUAUGCAACAAGGUUCGUGCGUUCGUCUACGCGCCUCGUGAGGUACAGGAUUUCUAUCGCGCCUCGGCGGUCGCCGAUAACGUCCAUCUCUUGCGUGCCAUUAUGCAUGGAAGAGAGGAGCCUAUGUUGAGUCGCGUGCAACUCGCGCGGAUUGGGCAGGCUGGACGCAAGUGGGAGGCAUGGGAACGAGAGAGGAAGAAGAGGGGCGAGGAUAGCGAUGACGAGGGUCCAUCGGACGAGGAGGUGUGGUUAUUUGAGGACCUGAAGACGCUGGUGAGAUUAUAUUCGAGGCUCAGAGAUCGGGAGCAGUUGAUCGCGCUCAUUUUCGAGGGCGUGACGGCGGACUUGCUGAAAGAUAUCAUCACCAUCUUCUAUGCGCCGCUUGCACAGGUUUAUCGGGCGGCCAGCAUUGCUGAUUCAUUGGGGGAUCUCCAGAACUUCAUUAAUGACCUCAUCCGGACAGUAGAACAAACCGAAGAUCUUUCCCAAACGGACCCAACACAAACCGUUCAAGCCUUUGUCGACCUCGUGAACAGACAUGAACAAGCUUUCUACACCUUCGUACACAAUGUACACUCCAAAGGCGCAGGACUUUUUGACGGCCUCAUGCGUUGGAUCGAGCGGUUCCUUACCGUCGCACGGGAUGGUGUGGGUUCGGGCACGGAAAUCGAAGGGGCGGCACAUAAGAUUUCAUUGGAGACAUUGUUACCUGCAAGAGACGAAGAGAGAGCCGCAAUACUAGAAGAGGUGGAUAGGGUGGCACGAUAUCACUACGCGCUGAAAGUGGUACACGAGGAACGUGUGCGCAGACAGUUUUGGCGCUCGCGGGCUGGAGGUGAGAGGGGUAGUGGUGACGACGCCGAUGCUGCCACUGCUAAGGAGGCGGAGGCCUUUGUGCAUAGUGUUGCCAGGGAGAUUGGUAUCGGUGAGUUCACAAGAGGAAACGAGAACGAGCUCUUCGCGGAGGCGGAUGGAGAGGACGACGGUGAAGAUGAUGAAGAGGACGAGGAUGAUGAGUCAGAAGACGUAACAGACGACGAGGAUAGCAGUGAUUUCGGAACAGACAGCGAAGAGGAUGAAGAAGCAUCAGAGGAGUUGCUCCCCUCCAAGCAGUCCUUUCCUGAUCCAAUUGCUCCUUCCAAAGCGCUCGCUCAUCCAGGGUGCUCAUGGCCGGUAAAUGUUUCACCCAUGCACGCCAGGAAGAAUACCCAACCGUUUGCGUCUCACGCGCCCUCGCCUCAGGAAGUUCGCCAACGUACUUUUUCACUUCGGAACGCAAGGUCGAUGAGCUUCGUUAGGGAUAAAGAUCGAGGUUCGCGGAGCUCCAAGGAAAGCAGCGCACUCCCACCGGUCCCGCCGCUGCCCCCACAGUUUGACAAACCACUGCCGCCGCGUCCGCCGGGCCCCCUGGCGCCUUCUUCGCCUAGUCCGCCUAUACCCAGGAGACGAUCGUCAUCACAGCUAUCGGUCAACGGGCGUACAUCAUCUGUACGCCAGGCCACAUUGGCAUCUCGAUUGCAUGGGCAGUCGGGCUCGAAUUCGCCUGCUCCCCAGAAGGCCAAAAAAAAUGCUCCUGGUGGAUUGCAGCCUCCAGAACUGAAACGUAUUCCCCUUCUAUUACCUGUUUUUGUGGAAAUGGUGCGUCCUUUACUCCGCCCCCAGCAAUGACGCAGCACGCUGUCACUCCGAUUGAGGGCGUUAUAUCAAGACUAGAUCAAUACAAAGAGCUGCCUGUAUAUCUAUUUUAGCCUCAUGGAGAUAUCGUGCACUAAACUUGUUAAUACGUUAGGGUAUAGCUUAGUCAAAUGUAUCUCUACAGUGUAUUUCCUGACAAUUUUCGGGAAUCU